CGGGGUGCUUUAUGCGGAAGCCGGCGGCGUCCGGUCCAGCCUCCUCUGGGAGCGGGCAGUCGGCGACCCUGCGCUGACCAGCGCCGCUACUUCCGAAACCGCGAGUUCUCGGAGGGUGCCAGGACAGAUUGAAGCCAUGGCCAUUCUUUUUGCUGUUGUUGCCAGGGGGACCACUAUCCUUGCCAAACAUGCUUGGUGUGGAGGAAACUUCCUGGAGGUGACAGAGCAGAUUCUGGCUAAGAUACCUUCUGAAAAUAACAAAUUAACGUACUCACAUGGCAAUUAUUUGUUUCAUUACAUCUGCCAAGACAGGAUUGUAUAUCUUUGUAUCACUGAUGAUGAUUUUGAACGUUCUCGAGCCUUUAAUUUUCUGAAUGAGAUAAAGAAGAGGUUCCAGACUACGUAUGGUUCAAGAGCACAGACAGCACUCCCAUAUGCCAUGAAUAGUGAGUUCUCAAGUGUCUUGGCUGCACAGCUGAAGCAUCACUCCGAGAAUAAGGGCCUAGAUAGAGUGAUGGAGACUCAAGCCCAAGUGGAUGAACUGAAAGGAAUCAUGGUCAGAAACAUAGAUCUGGUAGCUCAGCGAGGCGAAAGAUUGGAAUUAUUGAUAGAUAAAACAGAGAAUCUCGUGGAUUCGUCUGUUACCUUCAAAACAACCAGCAGAAAUCUUGCUCGAGCCAUGUGUAUGAAGAAUCUCAAGCUCACUAUCAUCAUCAUCAUUGUAUCAGUUGUAUUCAUCUAUAUUAUUGUGUCACCUCUCUGUGGUGGAUUUACAUGGCCAAGCUGUGUGAAGAAAUAAAAAAAGUUAUCAUUUACCAAGAAUACGAGAGAACAAGGAGUUUAAAGCAAUCCGUGUGAUUCAAGCUUUUUAAUACUGACAGGUGGUGUCUGCCAGUCUCUUCAACACUCUUCUUUCUCUUUCGUUUUUUUAAUCUUGAUCUGUGCCUCCAGAUUUAUCUUUGUCCUACCAACCAAUUUAUUCCAGUGCACUUCAGAUGGAACCAUUUUUUGCAGCAGUAGCUUUAAAAAGGCAUUUUGUUUGUUUCUUUGGUUUUGUUAGUUAAUGUCAUCUACUUACAGAAACAUUUUUGUUUGUAACUGCACAAAGCUAUCACCAAGGUGGAAACCACCUGUUUUAUGAGAUGUCUACUAAAACUAUGGAUGACCUUUGUGCAUACAGAAGUAUUCAGGAGACAGUAUUGCCAACAUCUCACCUUAAUGUCUUUUGAUUUUGAAGGGUUUUAGGUGCUUAAAAAUAAUAUAUAUGGGGAAUUGUUAUUUGAGGAAUUGCAGUUAAACUGUUGAUAGUGCUUACUUCUAGCAGUCCAAGCAGGUAAAGUAUUCAACAUUUUAUCCCAGUCAGUUGGGGAACAUUUUGCUAGCCCAUUAGAAGCACAGGGAAUUAUCCUUGCCCUCCUACUAUUUACUUUUAGGAAGAAAGUUUUGAUCAUUCACAAACCUCACAGAUCUUAAUAUCCUUUGUUUCCCCACUGCAGUUGAUUUGAGAAGAUGGUGGCUUAAAUAUUGUUGAAGGUUGUGGGGUUUUAUAUAUUCUUUUUUCUUUGAUGGAUAUGUAGGGCAAUUGUAUAGAUAAUAGAAUGGAUAGUGGAGGAAGUGGGAAGGCACAUUCCUCUGGCUCACCAAAGAAAAAGAAGAGAACCACAAUGGAUGUGCACCAUUUUAGCUGUAUGAAGGGAGGUAGUGUGGGGAAAUUUUUGCAGCCUGGGAAAAGCCCAAACAGAAUAUGGUUAACAGUCAACUCCAGCGUUUGGGUUUGACUGGUGUUGAAUAAUAGUUUGGGUAUCCUUUGUGGUUUAAUAAGUUCUUUAAUCUGCCUAGUUUUGAAGAAUUUUGUGAGACUUGAAAGUAGACAGUAUGAUGUAUAGACACAAUACAAGACAGUUUAGCUAACAUCCAUGUAACUUCAGUGUGAAAAAAAACUGGAGUGUGAUCAUACUGCUUUGGCUACUCUGGCAUCUGUUAGCUAGUGUGUAUUUUUGGUGUGUAUCUGAAAGGAUGAUAUUUGCUGCCCUAGAUCUAAUUGCAUGUAUUUAUCAACAAAUGCCAGUAAAUGGAAAUUAUACUACAUUUGACUACUUUCCCAAUGAUAUAACAGAUUGAUCUAUAAAACGUAGCCACCUGUUUAGCCUAGUCAUGUGCCUUGAAUAUAUAUGUGUCACAUAAUCAUAAUACCUGUUCUUCCAUCUAAACCUUUCAAUUCAUGCUGAUUCAUUUAUUUGAUGUAUAUUUUUGACUCAAUGGAACUCUUUUCCUGGUGAUCAUGUAUAGUGCAAAUGUUUUUUCAGUCCUCUUUAUCAACACUAAUGCCUUUUAAUUACAUCAGCAUUUCCUAUUGGAAAACAAAUUUGUUCCAUGGAAACAUUUGGCAUUCCUGAAUAAUAAUUUCCAAAUGUCUUAAAUCCAAAGAAAAAUACUUAAAGCUUAUUUCCCUUUCUUAUACACACCUGAAUAAAAAUGAUGUGCAUGUUUUAGGGAUAAAUUACUUAACCAUCCCUUGGUCUAUUUAUGUAUAAGAAUGCUUUUAAAGCACGUAUCUUGUUUUAAAUGACGCACAAACUGAAGGCAUUAAUAAAAUUUAAGAGUAAUACGA